CUCAAGCAGUAUUACAACCAUCAAUCAGUAUUAUUCGAAGAGCGCUGGAAGAAGUGAAUAAUAAUACUAACAGAUAUGAAGAACUUUCUCAAAGGACACUCAUCACUAUAACCAGUCUCUUGUCAUCUGCAUCAUCGAUUCAAAGGCAAAUCAGUCUACAAUCAGGUGAUCGAGACAUGCGGCUUCAAACGUAUGUUCGAUGUGAAAUUCAACAUUAUACGAAAAUCAAUCAGCCAGCGAAGUAUAGACGCGUUAUAGAAGCUAUCGAAAGUAUGACAAGCAAAUAUGGAAUACUACAUAGAAAAUACACCACAAAUGUUAACCAGUAUAAAGAUUUACUACGUCAACAUGAAAAUGAAAUAAGGAAUACUGAAAGGAACGUGAGUAGUGCUGUUACACAACCAUCUACAGAACAACAAGGUGAUUCCACUGUCAUUUCAAGCCGAAGGAGACCUGGAGCUCGACGCAAUCGCUCAUGUGUCUACAGUGUAAUUUCAAGCCAAAGACCAGAAACUCCAACUCGUCGUUCAUGUGUCUUCACUGUAAUUUCAAGCCAACAGGGUUCAGAUUUCCAGACCACAUAUCGAAGCAGUCAGUGCAGACAUUCUCUACCGACUCAAUAUGAACAAGAUAUUCAAAGAUCAAAUGAUCUGUUGUUUGAAGCCUCCAAAGAACUCGCAACACAUGGAGCAACUACCAGUGAGUGUUAUACAGUUUCCAAUACUUGGUUGUUAACUGCAGAGCAAACAUUUUCUAAAAGUUUACAGUAA